UAAUUAAGAGAAAGUGUUUCCAAACAAGCUUAACGGUUAAAAUGGCGACACCGAUCCUACUGACUGAUCUUGUGUCGGCAGGUGUCGAACGAGUUCCGGCCAGUUACGUCCGACCACUUUCCGACCGUCCGAAUCUCGUAGAGGUGGAGACAUCGCCGGAGGGUUCCAUUGCUUUAAUAGAUCUCGCCGGUCUUCACGGCCCCGACCACUCUCACGUGAUCAGUCAGCUUGCAAUCGCCUGCCAAACAGAUGGAUUCUUUCAGAUAAAGAAUCACGGAAUACCAGAAUCACUAAUAAAAAAGGUAAUGACCGUAGCAAGAGAAUUCUUCCGGCUGCCGGAAUCCGAACGUCUGAAAAAUUACUCCGACGACCCAACAAAAACAACGAGAUUAUCGACCAGUUUCAAUGUCAAAACAGAGAAAGUUGCGAAUUGGAGAGAUUUCUUAAGACUCCAUUGUUACCCUCUUGAAGAUUACAUCCAUGAUUGGCCAUCAAAUCCUCUUUCAUUCAAACAAGAUGUAGCAGAUUACUGCACUUGUGUUAGAGGACUUGUUAUGAGAUUACUUGAAGCCAUUUCAGAAAGUUUGGAUCUUGAAAAAGAUUACAUAAGCAAACAAAUGGGAAAACAUGCUCAACAUAUGGCUAUGAAUUAUUAUCCACCAUGCCCACAACCCGAUUUGACAUUCGGGUUACCGGGUCAUACUGACCCGAAUUUGAUUACGGUUCUUCUUCAAGAUGAUGUUCGUGGUUUGCAGGUGUUGAGAAAUGGGAAAUGGGUCGCGGUUGAUCCAAUUCCGAAUACUUUCAUUAUCAACAUUGGGGAUCAAAUGCAGGUUAUAAGCAAUGACCAAUACAAGAGUGUUCUACAUCGGGUAGUGGUGAACUGCGAAAGGGAUAGGAUAUCGAUCCCGACUUUCUACUGCCCUUCGGAGGAAGCAAUGAUAGGACCGGCCGAAGAAUUGGUGAAGCGGGAAGGAGUAGCAAAGUAUAGGGAUUUCACAUAUAAUGAAUACUAUACAAAGUUUUGGGACAGAGAUUUGGCUAAGGAGAGCACCUUGGACCUUUUCAGGACACCCUAAUAAUUUGUAGAAGAUAAUAAGUGAUUGAAACUGUUAUUUGGAACUCGUUUAAUGUUUGUUAUUUUGGAAUAAAAGAAGAUUUAUUAUAAAAUAUUC